AUGCGCGAAGAUGCUGGUGAUCUCGAUUAUGGGUCGUAUCCGCCUUCUCCCAGCGCAUCUCUACCGCUUCUGUCCGCCGAUCCGAUCUUUGGCGGCGAGUCACGCAUUGACAUAGGCGAUACCCUCGAGGACUUGGACUCCCCACCACCGGCUGGUCCGCCCAGUAGACAGACACUCUACGUUGCCGACGAAGAUGCCCAUAUUCGAUUUGUUGGUUUCGAGACCUCUCCUACCCGGCGAUGGGCAUGGAGGCUUUGCUGCGUGCUCAGCCUUGGCAUAGUCGCGUUGCUUGGCCGUUGGUUUCCUCAGAUGUGGCUCCGCUUCGUCACUCGAGAGAAGGCCUUCACCGGUGCGGAGCUCAUAGUUGCCGAGACGGCUUACAGGGAUGUUGCUAUCUUUCCGAUCCGGCAUAUCGACUAUCCAUACGACAUAUUAUCCGCGUUCACAUCUCCGGGUCCGGAUGCUGGAGCUCGAUCGACGAACGGAAACGGGAAAGCUCCGGCAAGACCAUCCGUGACACGCACAUCGACGACAUCAGGCUCCUCCAGCGGUUCCAGCGGGAUUCUUGGCGAACUGACGGUAUUUGACUACCGGUAUGCUAGGUAUGCACUCAACCCUCGUACCGGGCUAUGGGUCGCGGUAAAGGAUUGGCGUGACCCUCGGUGGAACGGGCACAGCGCGAUCUUGCCUGGCUUAGACAGCAAAACUCGCGAACAACGAAGGUUAUUAUUCGGAGAAAAUGAAAUUGAUGUUGAAUCCAAAUCUGUGGGGCAGCUACUCGUCGAGGAGAUUAUCCACCCAUUCUACGUCUUUCAAAUUGUCAGCAUCGGCCUAUGGUCCAUUGAUGACUACUACUACUAUGCAUUCUGCAUAGCACUGAUUUCCGCGCUCAGUAUAUCUAAUACACUCUUCGAGACAAAGAAGACAAUUGCUAGGAUGAGGGAGAUGUCACGUUUUUCCUGUCCGGUGCAUGUCCUUGUGAAUGGUUCAUAUGUAGAAUUGGACUCAACAGCGCUCGUCCCUGGAGAUAUUAUCAACAUCACGGCUUCGCACCUUACCUCCCUCCCUGCUGACAUGUUCCUGCUCUCGGGAGAUGCCAUCGUGAACGAGUCGAUGCUAACUGGUGAAUCGGUCCCGGUGUCGAAGGUUCCCGCCAAAGAUUCAGACUUGAGCAUUUGGAAAUCGAGCACAGAUCUGGCCAAAGAGAGUAGUGGCAGCUUCCUUUACGGAGGAACGAGAGUAGUGCGAGUCAGGGGGGAUAUGGCAGCAGAUGGAAGUCAAGGCGCAGCGUUGGCUGUUGUUGCGAGGACUGGCUUCGCAACAACUAAGGGCGCUCUGGUACGGUCCAUGUUGUUUCCCAAACCGAUGGGCUUCAGCUUCUAUCGGGAUUCCAUCCGGUUCAUUCUAGUCCUUACUGGAAUCGCGGGCCUUGGGUUCUUGGCCAGCGCAGUGCAGUUCGUCCGCCUGGGUGUCCCAUGGCAUACGAUCGUCGUUCGUGCGCUAGAUCUCGUUACAGUUGUCGUCCCACCAGCCCUUCCUGCAACGCUCAGCAUUGGCACCAGUUUCGCGAUAGGGCGUCUGCGCAAACAUGGCGUGUUCUGUAUCUCCCCUAACAGGGUCAAUGUCGCUGGCAAGGUCAACGUCUGCUGCUUCGACAAGACCGGCACCCUCACCGAAGAUGGUCUCGACAUUCUUGGCGUACGACCCGUGGACCGCGCUAUGGAACGCUUCGGAGAACUCAUCGAGGAUAUACGUGACCUUCCGGCUCGCGAUGACAAGGAAAAGGCGAGGUUCUUAUACGCACUCGCGACUUGCCACUCCCUGAAAGUCGUGGAUGGAGAAGUGGUGGGAGAUCCACUGGACGUCAGAAUGUGGGAAUUCACCAAUUGGGAGAUCGAGGAGGGAAGCGUCACUAGUGCUGGAACAGGGGUAAUCAAGGGCGGGAAGACCGGUGAAUCUCGACCCGCUGCACUGGUACAAACUGUGGUCCGUCCUCCAGGUGGGGGAGCGUUCAGAGUCGAGGAUGCGCUAAAGGGUAACACAAGGCGCACCCACUUUUUGGAACUCGGUGUGAUCAGGACAUUCGAUUUCGUCUCCAGCUUGCGUCGCAUGAGCGUCAUAGUUAAGAGACUGAAAAGCAACAGUAUGGAAGUUUACGUUAAGGGAGCUCCCGAGGUUAUGGCGGAAAUCUGUAACAAGGACUCCUUUCCCCAGGAUUAUGAUGAUCUGCUGCAUUAUUACACGACACGCGGCUACCGCGUCAUCGCCAUGGCCGGCAAGAGCGUUGAGGGCUUAUCAUGGUUAAAAGCUCAAAAAUUGAAACGGGAGCAGGCGGAGUCUGGAUUGAAUUUCCUAGGUUUAGUCAUAUUCGAAAACAAACUGAAGCCCGGAACAGGUCCCGCUAUCCAAGCUCUCAGGGAGGCUCAUCUCGCUUGUCGAAUGAUCACGGGUGACAAUCCGCUAACGGCUGUAAGCGUCGCUCGCGAGUGUGGACUCAUCAAACCCGCAGCAUAUGUUUUCGCUCCGCGCUUCGCCACAGGGAAUGCGUCAUCACCUUCGGCACAGCUAGAGUGGGCGUGCAUGGAAGAGAUAGCUUGGAAACUGGAUGAUUAUGAUCUCAAGCCGCUCACACCUCCGCCGCACCACACGGUGGAAGCUGACGAGAUUGACUACCACGACUAUUCGCUGGUUGUCACUGGCGACGUAUUCCGGUGGUUGAUCAACAACGCUCCGUUGGAGACAUUGCAGCGCAUGUUCGUUAAGACGCAAAUAUUCGCACGCAUGUCCCCCGAUGAGAAGAACGAAGUUGUCGAGCGUCUGCAAGGCCUCGGCUAUACCGUAUUGAUGUGCGGUGAUGGUGCAAACGACUGCGCGGCACUGAAGGCUGCGGAUGUCGGGGUGUCCCUGUCGGAGGCGGAGGCAUCGGUGGCUGCCCCCUUCACGAGCCGGACGCCUGACAUAACCUGCGUGCUUGAAGUCAUCAAGGAAGGAAGGGCGGCCCUCGUCACAAGCUUCAGCUGCUUCAAGUACAUGGCGCUCUACUCUCUCAUACAGUUCACCACGAUCACGCUUCUAUAUUCGUUCGCCUCCUCAUUGGGCGACUUUGAGUUUCUGUACAUCGACCUGUUUAUCAUCAUACCGGUCGCGGUGACUAUGGGCCGCACACUUCCGUACGAUCGCAUACACACAAAACGGCCCACAGCAAGCCUCGUGUCAAAGAAAGUCCUGGCGAGUAUCGUUGGUCAAAUCAUCAUAACCAGCGCCAUCCAGUUUUGGACCUUCUUCUGGGUCAAAGACCAGGACUGGUAUAUCCCACCAGCAAAACCAGACCCCAACUCCGAUGACAAUCACCUGAAGGCGACCAAUUACGAGAAUACGGUACUAUUCCUGGUAUCGUGCUUCCAGUACAUACUGGUUGCCGGCGUGUUUAGCAUCGGCCCGCCUUACCGCAAGCCAAUGUGGACGAACCCUCUCCUUAUGCUCUCCCUCGUCGGUCUUGCACUCUUCAACCUCUUGGUCUUGCUGCGACCUCCGCAAGCAUUGGUUGUUAUCCUAGAACUCAUGCCCAUCCCUUCCUCCGCCAGAACGACAUUACUCGGCCUCGUCAUCCUCAACGUUGCCCUUUCGGUGGCAUCCGAGCGGUGGGGUACCGUCCUUGUUACUCGGGCUAUCAGCGCACUGUCUUCGUUGCGGCAGACAAAGCGGCACCGGGAUGGUAAAGUGUACAAAGCCGUCGAGGGGGGGAUGCGAUAG